AUGUUCGGCAAGACCAGCCAAUCUAUCUUUUACAAUCUCAUUUGGAAGAGAACAUCAACCACUGCUUUGUUUGUCGGUUUGGGAGCGCUCGCCUUUGAACGAAUUGUUGAUAGAGGCGUUGAUACCUUCUGGGAUAAUUAUAACAAGGGUAGACAAUUCAAGGAUAUUGAACCAAUCUACAGAGAAAAUGGAUGGUUGAAGGAACAAGAAGAAGAAUAA